AAACAGUUACCUCCCUUGAAUUAAACUCAAACUGAUGACGACACAUAACUUGGUCGAGCACAUGGCCGAAAUGGAAAGCAAGGAGUUAGAAGUUGUGGUGGGAACGUACGAGGAACUUAUUCUUGGCUAUCGUUUAUCACUCGAACCUGAUAAUCAUGCAUUCAGCCAGAGCUUCACAAACCAUUCCCACAGUGGGUGCAUCAAGGCACUGGCACUGUCCACAAAGGGUAUUUUGGCUUCUGGGGGCACUGAUGAAAUGGUCCGUGUGUUUAACUUAAGGAAAGGAACAGAGAUCGGUUCACUUGUACAUCAUUCAGGUACUAUUACCUGGCUAGAUUUCUACAAGAACUCCCACCUGUUCAGCACUUCAGAGGACCACAAAAUGUGUCUGUGGAAGACAUUCUCCUGGGAGUGUCUUCGAACAUUCAAAGGUCACAAGGAUGCAGUUAACUGUGUCGCUGUCCAUCCCUCAGGCAAGCUGGCUCUGACAGUUGGGAAGGAUCGCUCACUUCACACCUGGAAUCUCGUCCGAGGAAGGUCAGCUUAUAUCACAAAUAUCAAACAAGCGGCUGAUAUAGUGUUAUGGUCACCCGAUGGAACAACUUUUCUCAUUGUGUUCAGCAACAGAAUUGACGUUUAUAAGACCGAGACGUCCUCUGUUUAUCACAGUGUCAGUGUAGACAGGCGGGUGAAUGCUGUAGUGUUCCUACGGUCGAACCUGAUUGCAUACGGAGGAGAGGGUGGGGACAUCGUCGUCUACAACAUCAAGGAUGAGAAGGAGAUGCAGCGUAUCAACACCGACACCGUCAGAGUUCGUGACCUGAAGAAAGUGAAAACCACUGACCAAGACUGCCCCCUGGUCCUGCUGUCAGCCUCCAGUUGUGGUCACAUCAAAGCCUUCAGGGUCACCUUCUCACAGGAUUCAGUGAGCGCUGAUCUGAUUGCCUCCCAUGACACCAAGUUCCGUCUCACGUGCAUGGCUGCAACGCAGAUCAAGACAAAGGUGAAGGUCAAAACAGAAGAGGAAGAUGUUGAUGUUAAGACGGAGGACACUAUUGACCUUGAUGACAGCAUCGAAAUUAAGAUAGAGAAGACCAGUGAUGAAGAGGAAGAAGAGGAAUGCAAGAAAACAUCUGGUGACAAUACUUCCGAACAAGACAGUGGCCAUGAAGAGGACUCCUGUUCUGAUUCCGAUUCUUCCAGGGAAGAAAGGUCAAGGAAACAGUCAAGGUCAUAUCUCGAGUUUAAAAGGGCAAGAAAGAUGAAACGGAAAAUGGGUGCUGAGAAGUUGGAGGUGGAGGGAAGGAAGAAGAAAAAGCCAAAAGUGAAAGAGACUAAGCCUGACAGACGCAGCCCAAAGAUUUUGAGAAAGAGCAAGAGAAAAAGCUGAAACCCUGAAACCCUGAAACCCAUGAGGUUGAGUACGAACUUGAUACUCUUAGGAGUAUAGCAGACCUCCUAGGACUGAUAAUCCCAGGAAACCUGUAGACGUUGUCAGAUGGUGAGGUCCCUCUGGAGGAAUGUGGUGGCUAGACUUCUUUCUGGCUCAACACAGGUUAUGUGUCAUUCAGCACCCCAUUGUUGUGAUCGUUCUCCGAUACCAACUUUGUUCUGUCCUGCUUCUCAUGCAGUUGAGAACUCAUGGCAUUGGGAUUGUGUGAUGUAAGGGAUUAUUUGUGAAUUAAAAUGUGAUACUAUA